AACAAAAAGACCAAUAACAUCAUAGGAAAGUGCUUUGAGCUGCUGUCAGCUUUAACUGAAGUCCCAGGAAUGUAGAUAACUGUGAUAUAUUUAUAGGUUGGUAACAUAUAUAUUACCAGCUGGCAAUAAACUUUUUAUUAGUUACUUUUGUUAUAUGUACAUUCUUAUUAGUUUAAUAGUUUUCACAGUAAUUUAUCUUUCUAUACAUAAGCAUUAUUAUUUCACAUUCAUUAAACAUUAUUAAUUAUCAAUGUUACACUAUUUUAACAGGCUACCCUUGUUACAGUGUAACCCAAAUAAAUAGACCUCCUGAGUAAUAUUAAAUAACAGCAUGUAGUACUUACUAUAGUAUACGGGGUUUAGUUUAGGGUUGGUUUCUUGUAAUGUGUAAUUUACUGUUAUUAGUUAUAUGUAACAAGAACAUUGUAAAAUUAAGCGUAACCUUAUAUUCUUUACACAGUGAAGCUUUGUGUAAUAAAAAAGCUGAGGUGCACAUCAACUGCCUGAAUGUGUCACUUGGCGUUAUUCACAACCGCCCAAUCAGAGGACAUGUAACAAGGGCUAGGGCAGUGUCUCUGUUUUGAUUGGUUAAGAGGUAGGCCGGGAUGAGGACGCAAACGGGCGAAUGCAGUCUGACAUUCAUACUCAGCAAAUUCAUACUCGCAUGACUGGGAGGAGGAUACUCGCAUGACUGGGAGGAGGAUUAGCCUAACAGAAGAUACGCGUCUGCUUCUUACUGUAACUGUAGAAAAAUGACUUUGUAAAAGUAUUUGUCAGUUAUCUUGACAAAUACACGAUGAAUAAGCUGUUUCAUUCACUGGCUGCUAAAGAAGUAACGUUAGGCCUAGAGUUUCUUGUUUAAAGUGAAAUUAAAGAGCUUGUCCAUCACCUGUUUCCGGAAAUUCCGCGACUGAAAUAUGGAUUUUGUUCUCGGCGGAGUCGCUGCGUGUGGUGCCUGCUUUUUUACGAACCCUCUGGAGGUGGUCAAAACCCGAAUGCAAUUACAAGGAGAGCUGAAAAGCCGAGGAACCUAUAAAGUGUAUUAUAGGAAUGUGUUUCACGCCUUUUACACGAUAGGCAAAAUAGAUGGACUGACUGGUCUUCAAAAAGGUUUGGUCCCCGGGUUGGUUUAUCAGUUUUUUAUGAAUGGGGUCCGGCUGGGGUCUUACGCCAUCAUCGAGUCCUUGGGCUACAUUCACACGGACGAAAGGGUCAGUGCUACGAAGAGCAUAUUUUCCGGGGCCAUUGCUGGUGUGGUGGGCGCUGUAAUCGGGAGCCCGAUUUACCUGGUAAAAACACAUCUCCAGUCUCAAUCCACUUCCUCUAUUGCAGUUGGACACCAAUAUAAGCACAAGGGAAUGAUGCAUGCUCUAUUGGCCAUCCACAAACAGCAUGGCAUUCUUGGUUUGUGGAGGGGUGCAAGUGCGGCAGUCCCAAGGGUCAGUGUGGGGUCAGCUGCUCAGCUCUCUACUUUCUCUGCCUCUAAAGAGCUCGUCACUGACCUACAGGUGUUCCCUGAGGGCAGCUGGUUAAUAGCUCUGAGUGCUGGUAUGAUCAGUAGUGUAGUGGUUGUAUUAGCUAUGACUCCUUUCGAUGUGGUCAGCACUCGGCUCUACAACCAGCCUGUGGACCAUGUGGGCAAGGGCAUAUUGUACCGAGGUUUUGUCGACUGUUUCUCUAUGACGUUGAAGAAGGAAGGCAUGACUGGUUUGUAUAAAGGUCUCGGAGCCUCCUACUUUCGAAUCGGACCUCAUACCAUCCUUUCCCUACUUUUCUGGAAUGAGUUGCGCACUUUGUACCAUAGCUAUGACUAGCGCCUCACUAUUGCCUGCAACUACAAAAUAUCAAUAGUGUUUCCCUGAUUUGGUGAUUAAAGAAGCAAUCGAGCAUGAUGGUACAAAAGGUGCUUGCUAUGUUGUGAAAAUAGGCAACGUUGUCAUUAGACACAAAGUGCAGCAAUGCACUCAUUGCAUUUUUAAAAUAUUUACUACUGGUACAUACUAAAUAUAUGAAGGACUUUUUUUAUUAAAAAAAUAUUUUAUUAAGCAUUCAUAUGGCAGCCUUUCACUAGAAGACAACUGUCUUGAUAUAACAAUGUUGCUAUGCAAUGAAAAAUAGUAAUAAUGAGCCAUUACUAUAUGGUGAAUGGAAACAGCUGGAAGGCUGCACUGACCAAGAGCCAGGACUGGAAUUCUAAAAAAGAAAAAAAAAAUCCACCUUUUUCUUCAAUGUGGAAGUAAACCUAUGGGUGCGACUUCUGGAUCAUUAGACGCAGGUAAAUAACGAGGAGAAUAACAUGCAGUAAACGGUAAAAUGAUUUGUACUACAAACCAGUGUGUUCAUAAUUAAGAUAAUACAUUAAAGUAAUAUAAUAAGACACACCAACUUUUAAUAUCAAGCAGCAAAAAUAACUGUUUUGUUCAGCUAAAAAUAGCUGGAAGGAGUGGAUGCAGAUGAGACCGGAAGCCAGACCCAUAGAAUUUACAAAUGCUCAUUUUUACAACAAGAAAAAAGGUGGACAUAAAACUCAAUUAGAAUGAAUGUAGAAGGAUGGAAUAUUUACUUUAUCAUUAUGUUGUUAUAAAAACACACUCCAGUGAAUAUGCAUAUGGUUUUAUAGAAACAGAACACACGUACACUUCUGUUUAAUUAUGCAUUUAAUUAUGCAUUAAUUCUUGGUUCUGAUUCAUCAGAUUUUUUUCUGAUGCUUAAUUGAUGGAAUAAGGAAGAAGUUCUGUACAAAAGAGUGUUUAUAGAGGAAAUAUCGCUUCAAACAAACAUUUAGAUCUGGUAACUUUUGAAAAUUGAUGCACAACCCAAACUUAUUCAUAAAAUGUGUUUUCACAGAGAGAACUUAUGUCUUUCAUAUUUUAAAUCAUCUUUUUUUUCUUUCUUUUUUUUAUUUUAUUCAUUUUCUUUUUUUUUUACCCUUUCCUAAAGAAUAUGUAAUCUGCUGACUGGUUUAAAAAUAACAAUAGCAUUUUCUUAAUUUCUUUUUUUGUGUGUCUUGUUUGCCAAUGCCUUUAAUGUAAGAAUGUCUACUUUGUUUUAAUCUUGGUUCCUUGGGUGGAACAUAAAUUUACAAAGCAACAGAUAUAAACCUUAUCACUUUUGGUUGUACAAUUAACAGUUUCAUGUCAUGUUAUUAAAUCUUCUUUGAGAACAUGACAUCAUUUGCAGAGAAUAUUAGGACAAUGAAACAGUAAGACUAUUCAGUGGGACCGAAUAAUGGUCACCAUUUGCCUUACAUUACAUGUGCUGUACUGUAUGAGCUGUCUGAUGCUUUAGAGAAAUUAAUGUAACAUUAAAUUAUUAACUAAGAGAUUUAAAUUAUACAGUAUAUGUACAUUAUGGGUCUGUGACAUAACAUAGAUUUGAGAAUAAAUUAUUUUUAAAAGAA